GGGAGGAGCCGUUUAUUCCACCUCCUGAGCAGCUCCGUUAAAAGCUAUCACUGCCCCUUUAGCGCAGGUUCAUUCACAGGGACCCAGCAUGGCCGAUAAGUCAAAAUUUAUUGACUACAUUGAUGAAGCUUUGGAAAAAUCUAAAGAAACUGCACUUUCUCGCUUGUUUUUCACCCAUCAGGGGAUUCCUUACCCCGUCACCAUGUGCACCUCAGAAACCUUCCAAGCCUUGGACACCUUUGAAGCCAGAAGGGAUGACAUCCUGCUAGCAUCUUAUCCAAAGUGUGGUUCAAAUUGGAUUCUUCACAUCAUUAGUGAAUUAAUAUUUGCUGAUUCUAAAAAAAAGUAUGAAUAUCCAGAAUUCCCAAUUCUUGAAUGUGGGGACCCAGAAAAAUAUCAGAGAAUGAAACAGUUUCCAUCGCCAAGGAUUUUGGCAACUCAUCUCCAUUAUGACAAACUACCUGGGUCCAUCUUCAAGAAUAAAGUUAAGAUACUGGUGAUAUUUCGAAAUCCUAAAGAUACUGCAGUAUCUUUUUUCCAUUUCCACAAUGAUGUCCCUGAUAUUCCAAGCUAUGGCUCUUGGGAUGAAUUCUUCAGACAAUUCAUGAAAGGACAAGUUUCUUGGGGAAGCUAUUUUGACUUUGCAAUUAAUUGGAACAAACAUCUUGAUAAUGAAAAUGUUAAGUUCAUAUUAUAUGAGGACCUGAAAGAGAAUCUGGCCGCUGGAAUAAAACAAAUCGCCGAGUUCUUUGGAUUCUCUCUCACUGGGGAGCAGAUUCAAACUAUCUCCGCUCAGAGUACCUUCCAGGCAAUGCGAGCAAAGGCCCAGCAAACGCACGGGGCUGUUGGCCCGUUCCUGUUCCGCAAAGGUAAAGUGCCAUUGGUUUCUAGGACAUCCGUCCAUUUGUACGUAACAGGGGAUCCCUGUAACUUGAUCCUAAAUGAGACAGGUUUUUCUUUUCCUCCCCGUCAACAAGAAGGCUGGACGCAGUUCAGAGCUGGGACCGGUGGCUCCGCAGUAUCUCUUAGAUACUGAGUUCCUUCCGCCUUUCUGCUCGUCACCUUGUGUGAUGACAAGGGAGCAACGA